AUGGGCAAUAAACCAAGCGGACUAGACAACCAAAGAAAAUUAUCAGGUGGGAGCAAAAUAUUAAGCACUGAUAUCUAUGAAUCAAAUUGGAUUGAAGCCUUUGAAAAAUCGUUUGUUUUUGUUUGGUGUGAUGCAUCAAUUGGUGCAGAAAAUAGUGUUGAUGAUGAUAAAAAUACAAUAAUGCAAUUAGCACGUAUUGUAAAUCAAAAUCGACAACUUGUACAUACAUUUAAUGAAUUACAUGCUUGCCGAGAAUUCAUUACACAUGUUGAUAAUGUAUGUCUGAUUAUAUCAGGUUCAAUGGGUCAAGAACUUGUACCAUUAGUUCAUAAUCUUGAUCAAAUACAUUCUAUUUUUAUAUUUUGUUUUGAUAGAGAAAAGCACAUUGAAUGGUCUUCACCUUAUCGAAAAGUUCGAGGAGUAUUCAAUAAUAUAAGUGAUAUAUGUGAAUCAUUAAAGCCUUAUAUUAAUACGCAAUCAUUAGUUGAUUAUGAUCGAAUUGAAUUUGAUAUUAUUAGUAAUGAAGCACAUUCAUCAGCAACAAAUGACGAUCAAUUAUGUUUAAUCUAUUCGAAAUUAAAUAAAAUAAUUUUAUUUAAUAUGCAUUCAUUAGAUCACGGUAAAAAAGAUAUGAUUACUUAUUGUCGAAAUCAAUAUCAAAGUGAAUAUCAAACAGAAUUAAUAAAUGAUUUUGAACAAAAUUAUUCUAAACAUAGUUCUAUAUGGUGGUAUACAAAAAAUUAUUUUUUUCAAGGUAUUAUUAAUCGUGCAUUACGUACACGUGAUUUAUAUGUAUUAUGUUCAAUGUAUCGAUUUAUACAAGAUUUAGAUUUAAAACUUUUACAAUUAAAUGAAAGUCAACGAACAACAACUAAUUCAAUUAAUCUUUAUUUUGGUCAAUUUUUAUUCAAACCACAUUUUGAUGAAAUAACACAAAAUCUUGGUGGAUUAAUGUGUAUUAAUCAAUUUAUAUCUGCCAAUCUUGAACCAAGUAUUGCUGUUAUGUAUAUUGAACAACAACAAAAAUUAAUAUCAAAUGGAAAUAUAAUUCGUGUAGUUUUUCAAAUACAUAUUGAUCGAACAAAAGAAUCCAUUGUUUCAUAUGCAAAUAUUGGUUCUAUAAGUCAAUUUGUUCAUGAAAAAGAAUAUCUUAUAUCAAUGUUAAGUGUAUAUCGUAUUGAUAAAGUUGAAAAACUUCGUGAUGUACCAUCGGCAUGGUUAAUACGUAUAACAUUACUUAGUAAAAAUGAUCUACAAUAUAAUAAUUUAACACAAAAUAUUAAUGAAUAUAAAUUAGAAAAAAUGAAUUUAACAGAAGUUGGUUAUACAAUUAUGAAUCGUUUACAUCAAUUUAAAUCAACUAAUAAAUUAUUUAAACAAGUAUUAUAUAAUAAUCCACAAGAACUUCGAGAAAUUAUUUUACAUUAUAAUAUGGGUAUUAUUUAUGAUGGUAUAGGUCAAUAUGGAAAAUCGUUAGAGGAAUAUCGAAAAGCAUUACAAAUUGCAAGAGAAUAUAUUCCAAGUUGUAAUCAAAAAGAUGAUUUAUGUUUAGUAUCAUUAUUUUCAAAUAUGGCCGUAGUUUAUGAACAACAAAAUCAGUUUGGUCAUGCAUUGACACAUGCAUUUCGUGCACUACAAAUUAUUAUUAAUAUUCAGAAUGAUUCUGUAUUAAAAAAAGAACUUGAAAGUUCAUGUUAUUAUAAUCUUGGUUCAAUACAUGAUCUAGACGACAAAUUAUCUGAAGCAAGAGAUUUUUAUGAACAAGCACUAAGAAUUCGGCAAGAAUAUUUACCGUUAGGUCAUCCAGAUAUAACGUCUUUACAAAGACUUAUUACUUUACUUACAGAAAAUCGAUCUGAUGUUUUUUAA